AACCCAGAUCUAAACGCUGCCCAGCUCGGGCUGCCUCGCUUUAGAAAGCCAGCUGGUCUGGCUUAAAUGUUACUUUUAUUCAAGUUUUGUUUUUGUUUUUUUUAUUAAUCUUGGUUCAUCUUGUUUGAUACAAGGAACUGACUGAACAAACCCACAGCUGGAGCUGCUGGGAAUCCUUCCAGGUGAAGACAGAACAGAAAGCACUGGUGCUUACUCACUGACAGCCCGGGAGGCGCGUGCUCUGCUCCGGGAGGAGAGGAGGCGCUGGACGGACUGAAGUGAACCGCUGGACGGAGACAGACGCUGCUGCGGGAUUUGCCGAGAUCGAAUCAUGCGGGACUGAGCGGGAGGCACCAGCCAGCACUUUUGGACUGAGAGAUUUGAGGAUCUGGAAGUGAAAUAAAGGAGCCAUAAGGACUUUGAAAGAGGAGAAGAAAUAGUCGACAAAGAGAAGAAGCAGGAAGAUCACAAAGAUGGGGAGAAAAAAGAUUCAGAUUGCCCGAAUAAUGGAUGAAAGGAACAGACAUGUGACGUUCACAAAGCGAAAGUUUGGCCUGAUGAAAAAAGCUUAUGAGUUGAGCGUGCUGUGCGAUUGUGAGAUUGCACUCAUCAUCUUCAACAGCACCAACAAGCUGUUUCAGUACGCCAGCACCGACAUGGACAAGGUUCUGCUCAAAUACACCGAGUACAACGAGCCACACGAGAGUCGGACCAACUCCGACAUCGUGGAUACUCUACGUAAGAAGGGUUUAAACGGCUGCGAAAGCCCUGACAUUGAAGCCGAUGACUCUGCUGGCCAGAGCCCAGAGUUAGAUGACAAGUACUGCAAACUGACUGAGGACAUCGAUCUGAUGAUCAACAGACAGAGACUCUGCCAGGGUCUGCCUCCCUCCAGCUAUGACAUGGGGGUGAGCAUCCCAGGCAGCAACCCCGGCGGGCUGCUGUACACCCACCAGGGCUUAGGGGGUAAUCACAACCUUCUGCCUGUCACUCACUCGUCCUUGCAGAGAAACACCAUGUCCCCUCAAAGGCCUUCCAGCACAGAAAAUGCAGGGCUGCUGGGUUCCGAGCUUCCAAACACUAUUGUCUCCAGUGUAGGAAACGGCAGCUUUGGCUCUCAUUGCGCCUCCCCUGGACUCAUGUCUUCAGCCAGUAUCUCCAAGAACAUGCAGGACAAGAGUCCUCCUCAAAUGAGCAUGAGCCACAAGCCUGACCUGCGGACACUGAUGCCACCCAACAAGUGCUCCAUCAUGCCAACCGUUAACCAGAGAAUAAAUCACUCCCAGGCGGCUCAGACACCUGCAGUGUCCAUCGCUGCGUCUGGCAUUGGUGGUUAUCCAUCCGCCAUCUCCUCUUACAGCACAGAGUUCUCCCUCGGCGGUGACCUGUCCUCUCUUUCUGGGUUUGGAGGUUCUGGUCUGGGAUCAGUGACGAGCUGGCAGCAGCAGCAGCUCCACAGUCUGCAGCAUUCUGCACUGGGACACAUGGGAAACUUGUGCCAGAACUCUAACCUGGACCUCCCCUCAGUUCAUCACAACCUUCACAUAAAGUGUGAGCCCGCGUCUCCUCCCAGGGACCGCAGCGUCGGCGCGGUCGGGGCCGGACUAAGAGCAGGCAUGAACCCAGCCGGGUACUCCAUGGGCGGCGGCCGCGGGCCGCACGAAUCUGGCAGCUCCCCUGGCGACAGUGCGUCCAGCUGCGGCAGCUCAUACGAAGGCAGCGAGGAGCGCGAGGAUCACCAUGGCAACGGGGGUUUCCUAAUGCAGCCGCUGCCCAAUCAGGAGGAACGUCACAGCCCAUCAGUAAAACGAAUGAGGCUAUCAGAAGGCUGGGCCUCAUAAUGGGAGCCGCCCUCAGGCACAGGGUGGGGGUGCAGAGAAAGUUACCAUAUAGUGUUAUUAUUAUUAUUAUUAUUAAUAUUAUCAUAUUCUUCUCGUACGGAAUGCAUGUGCUUUAUGUUUAAUGGUGGCGUGUCGUUGAGGCGGCUGGUCUUGCGAUACUGCAGGUCAGGAUCAGUGCACAAAACCUGAAAAAAACUAAAAUUUUGGAGUUUGAUCUGUGUGUCAAAAUAUUUUCAAGAUUAUUUUUAAUCUGAGGGGAAAAAGUUCAUGCAGCAAAAGUUUACUGCAUCUAUAAUCCAUCCAAGUCACCAAAUAUAUGAUAAAUAUAGUCUGACCAACAUCAACCAUGAAAUAUAUGAAAUAUACCAUUUUAACAGGAAGAAACCUUCAUAAGAACCAGGUUCAGUGUGAGCGGAGAUCUGCUGUAACCGACUGGGGUUCAAGGAGACAGAAGCAGAGAUAUGUCAACUCAUUAAAUAAUACACAGUUUAAUCUUCUCAGCGUCUUUCUCUCUGACCUGUCUGCUAUUUAAACUCUGUGGUAAAGUUGAAAGGGUUUUACCAAAAACUCUUUAAAUCUUUUUAUAAUAAUUAUUUGGAGUAAAAACUUUGUCUUCCCUUUGCUAAAUCGGACCUCAGACUUUUUUACAAAAACUUUUUGACACACAUUUGAAACUUGGGAAAUGUUUCUUUUUUUUCUUAAUGUGUACGCUGAUAGAUGCGUAUUAUGCUUGAGAUGAUAGAAAGCUGGGAGGUCGGACGGUGUAUAUUUACUGCUUGUUUUCAGUGUGUUUAGGACAGUGUGGGGAUAAUAGGUCUGCUGCAAACUAAUGAAAAGGUCAAGAAGUCUGGUACUCUGUACAGCGAAGCUGCUGGUGAGGAUCUGUGCUCGUGCACUCGGUCUGCAGUUCUUAUGCAAGCUGCGUUGCAGGUUCAACACAAACAAAUGCUUUAAAUGUUUUGCACAAGAAAAGACGAAGGAAUUGAGAGGGAAAUAAGCUGAGGAAACAAGUAGGAAAAGAGUGAAGGAGAAGGUGCUGAUAAGGGGGAUUUUCGACUAACAGAGGAACAGUUUUAUUGGAAGUUUAAAAGCCACAUAGAAGCUGCUAUUGGUUCUGUUAUUCGAGAGGCUUGAGGACAGGCGGGGGUGUUGAGAUGGUUGUAGCGAGGUCUGUGGGAGCGAGGGCAACAGGUUGCUUAGUAAUUAAACAUUGUAUACAUUUAUUUGAUACUGAGAUACUCAGUUUUUCAUUAGCUUUCUGAGUUGUGUGGCUAAAAACAAUCCAGAGAGCCAAAACCAAGAAAAAAGGAGCAGAGGAGGCUGGAUCUGAACCUGAGAAACAAACUGUGAAAAUGAACCACUACAGAAUAACCAUUGUUCCAUGUUUUCUUUUGUUUCCUAAUGACUGCUGGGUAUAAACUGGAAUCACAGCUGCUGUGGCAGCAGAAAAGUUUCAACUAAAACCUCAAAAAACAGCUACAUUUAGAAAGUGGGAUGUGGGACACCUAGAGGCAAACUUUUGAACUACAGCCAAAUAACUCCAACCCAUUUACCCCUGGAAUAUGAUGGCCAUAAACUAGUGUAAAAGUAGAAUCAUUAGGCUUGUUUAUUAUAGAUUUUGUGGCGUUUAUUUAUUUUUUGAAUUAUUUAUGUAAAAAAAAUCAAAAAAGGGAAAAAGUUAGAAAUGUGUGUCUCUAAAAGCAAUGCUUCUUCAAAAUGGUUAAAUGGUUUCCAUUAAAACACUAAAUAUGCUUUUUACUAUGUUCUUUAUCUUUAAAAUUAAUUAGACGUUAAAUGACAGUUCUGCUUUGUAUGCUCCUGUGGUUCUAAUGAGUCUCUAGUCACUAAAUCACUGCAAUCUUCUGCGUGUUUUUUGGCCAUUUAUUUAAUACUAAUACUUCUCAGCCCAUUCCUUUGUUGAUCCCUCUGUUGUGGUUCCCUUUCACUGUUUUCUUUCUAGUCCACACUAAGUUAGAUUUCGGUUUUGGCCAUUUUUCCCACUGUAACACAAGUUUUUACAAAAUGAUAACGGAGCAACGCUGUGAUAUUGGUCAGAGCUGUGGAGAGAGUUAGGUGCACAAACCUGUGAUGUUCUGUUUUAGAAACGAAGGUUUCCUUUGUUAUUUUGACUAAGGCAUGUUUUAUUGAGCUCUGCGGUCCACUCUUCUAUCUGAGGUAUAAACACAAAAGGAAGCUCAACAUUUUAGAGGCUGGUGUCAGACCCUGUGACACUUUACAGCAGCAAACACAACAGCUGCACACUUGUUCAUUAACAUUUGCAGGAAGCGCAAAUUACUCAGGUCAUUUAUUUAAAGGAAUAUCCUAUUAGAGCGAUGCUGUGAUGACUUAAUGGAAGUAACCGGGUAUUAUUAGCAGGAUGUAUAUUUAUGCAAAUUUUAUUUAAAAUGGUAUCUCAAGGUACUAAUAUUUAUCAUAUCCAGUUUUAAAGAAAUAGAAAACCCAUACCAACCAAUGCAAACAUGUAAAAUCAGAUCAUAAAACACAGUCAUUUACAUAAAGUCCAAAUAAUUUGGCCUAAUAGCUUAGAAAACGUAUCCCACUAAAAAACAAAUGAAACCUCUACUUCCAGAUGUAGACCUUGUCUGAAUAUGAGAUCUGAGAAAUGUUCAGA